AAUUAAAUUUGAUCAAGAUUUCCUCCGGAAAAAUUUCCGUGAUAAUCUUGAUUUUUAUGUCAGGAGAAUAAUGAGACCAUGACCUAAGUUUGUAAUCAUAUUUUUAUUUUGCCCUUCACUUUGACAAUAUAUGCACUAAAACGUUGACCGCCUUACCAUAUAAACGAAAUUCCCUGUUCCACGCGAGCUGUAAAUAUGACUUCAUUGAACGAUUCAAGCUGACUGGCGGGAUCAUAUUACCAAACAUUAACGGUCAUGACAUGGUACGUCGAGUACCGAAGUCAUUCUGAAUAUAUGAUAGAUAACAUGCAGCAGAUAUUAUUGUAAUAAGUGAGACUUGAAUUAUUCAUAAUUGUCAGUGGUCGGUUGGCAUAGGGGUAGCACAUUCGUUUCUCACCUAAGCCGCAGGGGCUCGAUUCCCUGAUCGGACACGGAAAGGUAUGGGUGACAUACCCGUCCACAAGGAUUCCGGUUUCCGUCCGCUAUAAGGCUCUUCGCGCGUUUCCAUCCGGGCAAAUAAGCGUGAUUAAUAUAAUUUGAUAGAAUUUGUUACGCAAUGGAUGUAAAAUAAACAAAGUUUAUAUUAUCCAUAAUUACUUGUACUGUACUAUAUAAAUUAUUGUUAUCCAUCAUCUUGAUCACGUGCAUUUAGGUUGGAAAUCGUAAUGCCUCUUCUUCGGUAAAACAUAUUUCAGUUUAACAUAAAUCAUUGUUUAAAAGCACAUUAUCCCGACCGAGCUAUAUUACAUAAAUGUAAAUGCAAUCAAUCUGUCUUGAUACUGACACGCAGGUCAAAGGCCAAAGUUUAUUUUCAAUCCGGGUAAAUGGUAAUGCGAAACAAAUGUAAAUAUCAGUUAACUAUCCAUAGAUCUUCGUUUUAAGUUUCUCCCAUAUCGGGCCCCUGCUGGUGGUUAAGGUAAUAGUCCUUUCUUGAUUCCCUAUAGAAUCUCGCCAAUAAGUGUGGGAUCCUCGAUAUCGUAAUUCACCACCUGAAGGCGAGUGUUGAUAGUGUCGGGUGUGUAGCCGUUUAAAAUAGAUCUACCCAACAGAAGUAAUAUCAUUGUUAUCUCAAAUGAGCAAAGUAAUGUCAGUGGUGCAGCCAGUUACGGUCAUCUUCAUUAUAAUUUUGGCACACUGUGAAGCCCAAUUUCUUGGCGGAAGCAUUAACUGGUAUUUGUUGAAUGGAAAGGUUCGGUUUACCUAUCGCAUGACGUGGGAGAAGGGGACGGGUCCAUGCGGAGCUGGAUGCUCGCAAGCCAGUGUGAACACUCCUGGAACAUUGCAUCUGCCGUUGACCAUUUUGAACUGGAAAUGUACCUCUGGUUGCAGUGGGAACAGUCGACUUCAUGAUGUAAAUUACGUUACAACGUCAGUAGGGUCGGCGGCGUCAAGCUGGGAACAAGGGGAAGGAAGUUUCUUGUUUACGCCCCCUGUAGCAAACGGAAAAUAUGAAAUAACAUUGAGUACCUUGCGAUGGUCAACUCAGGCUAAUGGUCCCGGACAACUGCAGACAACUGUGGACCUAAGAAUUCGUAGCGACACGAAUCUCCCUAACGCCAGUCCGAUAGCGGCCGUACAGCCUACCAUAGGAAUACCGUCUGGGUGUAUGAAGACAAUACCACUGCCGGUCAUAGAUCCUGACGCUGACAGAAUUAAAUGCCGACUAGCUGGUCCAACAGAAUGCGGCGCGGCGUGUACAACACUCACUGGGAUACAUGUAGACCAUGACAAAUGUACAGUAACAGUACCAGGUACAUUGAAAAUGGGCGAUUACCGCCUGGCUGUAGUUGUGGAAGACUAUCCGAGAAGUGUCAUAAAACUAGGGGGCGCCACCAGCAAUUACAAUCAGCCACUCAGCAAUGUGCCACUACAGUUGACUGUCCACGUGACCAAGGGCAGUGGCGGGUGUGGUCCCCUGUCUCCUGGCAGUACAGACACAGGUCCGACUGUUGUGUAUCCCCCAUCCGGCUUGCAUUCUAGAACUCUCCACACGGUCCAUGUAUCUGCUGCAAGCCAAUCAGAAGUGAUAAUAAGUACGUCUGCUGGAGUGACUGCUACACAGACACCGGACCUUGGUCAUCCAGGGAGUGUUGUCGUGGACACACACUGGACACCGAAGUCAGACCAAGACGGGCCGGCAUUUACCUGUGUUUGGGCUUUACAACACGACGGGUCUACUACCCAACAACACUGUUUCACUACAUAUGUUAGAGACCAAGACAACUGUAAUGGCGGUAACAAAUGUUUACAUGGAGGAACGUGUGUGGAUCUGUAUAAACGAUUCACCUGCAAAUGUCUGGGUGGGUUCACGUCAAACGACUGUUCCGUCCGUGCGUCCUGCGUUACGUCUAAUCCAUGCGUGAAUGGUACUUGUGAGGAAAGGCAUGGGUCUCUCUUCUGCAUCUGUUCACCAGGGUACACAGGACAAACGUGUGAUACUAAGGUGGAUCACUGUGUCUCAUCGCCAUGUUUACAUGGUGGCACGUGCACCGACAAGGUCACGGGGUCAUCAUGUGCGUGUACUGCUCAGUAUACCGGAAGUCACUGUGAGACACGCAUCAAGACUCCCCAACAUUCCACCGGACCCUCCGUUACUGCAAGUUUGCAGUAUAUCGCUACAGUAUCCUCGGACAGUCAGGGAAUACAGAUAGUAGACUAUGUCAAAGUGGCAGAUAACAGCAAAGAUGAUAUCAAUGUAGUUGUGAACAACGACAGUCCCCCUCUGUGGCCAAUAGGCGUGGCCUUUGGAGGACUGCUGCUCAUCGCUUUGGCCGGCUGCGGGGUGUGGUGGUGUUGUUUCGCCAAGCCAGGCCAGAACAAGAGCGUUGUUGGACCAACUGAACAAUGGGCGCGCCCAAGCCGGAAUACCGAUGUCAAAAAUCGUCACUCAGGAUCUCCAGGCUCGGAAAACUCCCCACGAAAAUCCGGGAAUAAUGUUACACAAGUGGAAACCAACACCGGAACACAAGUGUCGGGAGGAUCGCCGCGGAUUCUUAAUAUCUAUCAAUCGUCUGCUAACGACCCACACAUACAUAAAUGUGGUACCAAUUCGCGCGGGAACGUAUACCACAAAAAUACAUUCUGGUGAAGUGGUAUAGUCUUAAUACCAUACAAUACACUGAUGUCGUUUUUUGUAUACGAGCAUAGCUUCUGAAUAAAUUAUUUGUUUUUGA